UGAAGAGCUGGGGACAGAAAUAGACACCGAGAGGCUCGAGUUGAGGCUGUGUGCUUUCCAGCCAAAGGGGGGUGGAUCACUGUGUCUUUAAACACAUUUUCCUGGUCAGUUUAUUUAUUUUGCACUUCCACAAAAUGGUCAUUAAAGUAUUCCUGGCAUCCUCAUCGGGAUCGACGGCGAUAAAAAAGAAACAGCAAGAUGUUGUGGGCUUUCUUGAGGCACUUAAAAUCGAUUACGCACAGCUUGACAUUGCUUCAAACGAGGACAACCGGAUGUGGAUGAGGGAAAACGUCCCCGGAGAAAAGAAGCCCACCAAUGGCAUUCCUCUUCCUCCACAGAUUUUCAAUGAGGAGAUGUAUUGUGGGGACUACGAGACAUUCUUUGAAGCCAAAGAGGACAACACAGUCUUUGAAUUUUUGGGACUGACACCUCCACCAGGAUCUAAGGAGGCACAACAAGCUGAAAACGCACAAAAGCUUCAUAAUGGAUCUGGCACAGAGGAACAUCUUGAUGAUGACACAACAAAAAAAGAAAUCGCAGAGACUGAGCAGAAUGGAGAUGCACACAUAGCAGAGCUGGAAGAAGAUGAUUCAAUCAAGGCAGAGACAGACGCUCAAGAACAUAUCGCAGGAGAGGAGGAACCAGCAGAAGAAGACGAAGAGAGUAGAAAACCAGCUGAGGAGGAAGAGCAGGAGGAAGGAGAAGAGGACAGGGCAGAAGAUGAGCUGGUGUCUGAGGACGAGGAAGAAGAACUCAGGGAGCUUGAGGAGGAAGAGGAGCAAGCCUCAGAGGAAGACUAGUGUUCUGAAGCAGAGGAUUUUGGACCUGGAUUUACACACACAGCUUGAAGUGACACCCCACUUGCAUUGGAGUCAUCAAAUCACCCACAAAUACCUUCAUUGCAGCUUAGCCAAAGCCAAAUGUGACACACUGGACAAUAUACACUCAGGACUCCAGCUUCAAGCCACCCUGCCCCUGAUAAAUGUGCCUUUUUACGAAGAGUUGCUUCAGCUUAAGUGGAGAGUCGUUUUUUUCCUUACUGUACAUAUAGCAAAUAGCUUAUUCUACUACUUUUAAACUAAC